AUGUCAGCCUUGAAGGAAAACUCCGAUUCUGAACAACUUUUGAAGUUACAAGUUGAUAAAACCGACAUCAAAUAUAUAUUCUAUUGCUAUUUUGUAUACAUGUUUGAAUUGAUAACACCGUCUCAAAACAAUCCAUCCACUGUAGCAUAUCAGCAGCCGCUAGAGUUAUCCAGCGUUGAAUUAAGAGCUAGAUUGGUUCACAGUUUGCAUUGUUCUGGAGUGGCAGAUAAACUCAAGUCACAGCUGCGAGCAAAACUCUAUGCAGAACUACAUCUUCGAUCUGGAAUUCCUCGACAUAAAGCACUUGAUGACGGAUCCAAUGUGCUUUUGUUCAAAGUGAUUGACAGUCUUUUGGUUGGAUACUUUCAAGAGCGAAAACUGGAUUUUACUUUAUCUGUAUUUGUUCCUGAAACUGGAUUGGGGCAUUCUCAAAAGGCUUUGGGAGAUAAGGAUGUUCUUCACGCACUGCAUAUAGAUAAGCCAUGCGAUGCAUUGAGAAAAAUGGAAAAGGCAAUGGAGUCUCGUAACCCAGAAGAAUCAUUGCUUGUGCGACUAUUUUCUAGCAUUGCAUACAUUAAUGAUGUUCAGAAAACCGACAAGGAAAUGCAAACCAACACAGAUUUAGAAGAUAUUUUGUCGAUCAAGAUAAAUCAGGUGGAGCAAAGUUUGCUUCAAGAACGCAAGAAUAAUGGUCAAAUUCAUUCACAUUUAAUUGAAGAUCGCUUGUCUCAAUAUCAGAAUCAACUUGAACUACAGAUGAAACAGGAUCUUAAAGAUCAGCUUCAAAAGUUUCAAGAGCUUGAGCUGGCACAAAUGCGCAUUGAUGAAAAGUCGCAUUACAAAAUGGAAAUAGCAAAGCAAAAAAUGGAAUACGAUAAUAAAAUACUAGAGUUUCAAGAAAGACAGAUAUCUAUUCAUGAAGCAGAGCAGUUGAGACUUACUGAAAAGGAAAAGGCUCUUGAACAUCAAAACAUCCAGCUACGCCAAAAACUGCUUGAUGAAAGCAAUAGUACUAUGCUUAAAGAGGUGCAGCUUAGACAUGAAGCAGAGCUACAUACUAGGCAGAUUCGACUAGAGCGUGAUCUUUUACAACGCAGAGUCGAGGAAGUCCAAUCUCAGGUUUUAGAGUUACAAUCAUUCAAGGAGCGAUAUACUCAACAGAUGGAAAGUCAGCUUGCACAAUACAAGAUUGAUUUGAAUAAUAAACAUGCAACACAGGUCUCGGAAAUCAAAAUUGAUCGCGUUCAUCUUGAAGCUGAGCGCGCUCAACUCAAGGAAAAAACACUUGCAGUAGAAAAAAUGCAUGCAAAUAUUCAAUACACCGAAGAUGAACGAGACGCCUUGAGAGAAAGUGUAAAGAAUGCUCAUCAACGAAUUGAGGCUUUGAUUAAAGAAAAAGACGAUGCUGUUUUGCAUUCCAAAGAAAUCCAGCUCGAGCUUCUUACAAAUCGAGGUAGCACUGCGUUGGAAUUUGAAAUCACAAGUCUUAAAAAGCAGCUUAUUGAGACUGAAAAAACAGCAAACAAGCGACAAGAAGAAUAUCAAGAGCUAUUAAAAAAUUUCAUGCUACCAAAAGACGAUUUUCGUGAAGAGCUUGGAAAGUCGCGCAUGGCAGAGGCAAGAUGGCAGCGCGAAUGUCAGCAGCUUGUUCAAAAAUUAGAAUACGAGUUGAACAGGUCAGAUGAGUUGCAGCGUCUUUUCGAUCAGCAAGUGCUCAAGACACGGGAAUUAGAGAGAGAGCUGGCUGACACCCGACUGCUUUUGCACCAGACUCAAUCUGCAUUGACGACAGAACUUGCACACCAUUCGAUUGCUCCUGCUUCGCGACAAUUCCAUAUAACCACUCAACAGCAUAGAGAACUACUUCCUGAUCCCCUUGAUCCACAAUUGGACCACAUGUAUUCAAAGAUUGUGAAGCGUACUCCAUUACAUACGGAAUUUAAUGACAAUAUGGAUAAAUUCAAUGCUCAUAAUUCAAGCUCAUUUAAUCAGCAAAUUGGUUCACCCAGCAUAAAUAUGGCGCAGCAUAUCAUGAAAGAACUUGAGCUUAAUGAUGUUCGAUCCCAGUCUGAAAACUAUUUGCACUCGUGUUACCCAUCAGCAACCUUUGCCAACUUGGCGACUCAAUCCUCAAUAGUAAAUCCUCCUGUCACUUUACCAUCCUUUCCCGUAGAUGCCAAACAGCCCAAGUCUACAGCUAUACUACAGACUAUGCCGCCAGUUACAUCUGAUUUGAAGCCGAGUUCAAACCACGCUGCAAGCUCUUCACAGCAGUGUUUUGAAAUAUUGCCAGUUGAUGCUGAGGAUAAUUCGAGCAAAAUCCCAUCAUCACAGACCUUUUUAGAGUUGCAAAAAACCCAAUCCAAACCUGAAACUAAUCAGAACGCGGCACCAACUCUUAUUUCUAAUCAUUCUAUUCAAGAUGUAGAAAAGGAAAAACAAGAGCUUGAUCGUGUUUUACAAGAGCGACAGCAGCGUGAGGAGCAGCGACAGUUGGAGGAUCGAAAGAAACAAGAAGCCAUUUUUCAAGAAAAGCAGCGUUUGAUUCAUCAGGAGAAACAAACCCAGGAGAGGCUUGAGCAGCAGCGUAUUAAAGAAGAAAAGGAUAUACUACAAAAGGAGCUGGAGCAGAAGGAAAAAAACCUUCGUGAAGCUAAUCAAGCAGCAGAAAUUUCCAAGAAAAAAGAAGAUCCCAUAACUAGCCUUGAGAAUGAUCCCAUACUACAACGAUACAUGUCUUUGGUACAAGAACGGCGCGAUCGGCAGAAAAUGGAUCAAGUAGCAUCACUCACACCCCAAGUUCAACAACAACCCACACUACAGAAAAAGAUGGCACUGCACUCUGAAAAAUCUUUAUCAUCUGAUAAUCUAUUUGGUGACGGGAAUACAGCAGAUGACGUCAGUGGUUGGAACCCAUUUGGAAUCUCAGUUUUUAGUUUUAUGACCGGUGAUAAAGGACAUGAAAAUGGAGAGAUAAAAUAA